AUUUUGUAUUGUAAUUCAUAAUAACUGUUAAGCACUCGCGUGAUUAAGAAGUUUUUAUGUAUAGUAGUUUGUAUUAAAAUAGAAGUUAUUUAUUUAAAUUUAAAACUAUAAUUUCAAAAACAUCAUGUCUAUGUUUAAUUUAAGUGGUUCUACUCCCACGAAUAACGCAGGGAAUGCAGCAACCCCUCAAUUUGGCAUUGGAACAUCUUUAGGAGGUUGGCCAUCAUCAUCAACACCAUCAACCACUACUAAUUUUGGUAACAUAGGGGCCACUAAUAAUAAGCAAACUACAAACACACAAUUUCCUUCAUUUGGUAAUGUGGGUGCUCCUACAACUUCAUUAUCAUUUGGAGCUAAUCCUACAUUAGCAACAACUACAWCUAAACCGGGAUUUUCCCUGGGUAACAAUUCAGCAUCAAAUGCUCCAUUAAAUCUUUCUUUUGGCUCAGCUGCAACUACAGCUGCUACAACCGCUUCUCCGUUUUCACUUGGAACAGCAACAUUGAAUGCCAAACCUACAGCAACUCUUACUGGUACCCAAUUGACAUUAGGAACAACUGUUAAUGUAACUACUUCUGCUGCUCCUGUAUAUGAUAUGUGUUGUGUAUCAUCAACACAAUCAAAUAUACAAUACAAUGUUAAGAUAUGUUUAAUGAAGUAUUUUAACUGUCUUUACAGAGAUUUUCUUAAGCAACAAAAAACAAUGAGCACCGAAUUGGCACGUAUGUCAUCUAAAGGUUCAAAUGAAGUAGCAGGGGAUAUAACAUUGUGCCAAAAAAAUCUACAGUUUAUAGAACAUAAUUUAGAUAAACAAAAAACAUCUGUUGAAAAGUUAAAAUAUGAAACCAAUAAGUGUUUACAAGAUUUCGAAAUUGCUCAACGUAAUCAUGAUCAUCCAGCAAUGGUUCAAACAGAUAUGGAGUCUAAUAUAAAAUACUUUGCUGAGCUAAUCAAAUCAUUGCAAGAGAAAGGAAACAUAUUAAAAAAUGAAAUUGAGAAUACUCAACAAUAUUUAGCAACAUUGCCUUAUAAUAACAAUGUAACGGUGGAUGAGUUAAGAAGAAUCGGGGAAAUGUAUUACAAGAAUGUAAUUGCAUUAGCUGGUCAUUUGCAUGGUAUACAUAAUGAAGUUCAAGUGUUAAAAGCAAGGCAUUUGUCUUUCCGCAGAGAAAUAUUAAAUGACCAUACAAAUAUUUUUCAAUUGAAUCAAAAUCCAAGUUCAUCUAGUUUCUUUACAUCUCGUCCAGAUACUACUGGUCCUAAUCCAUUUGUAGGGUUAAAUAUAACAGCUUCAGCAGCACUAAAUUUAGGAACAUUUGGAUUGGAUCAGUCUGGUAUUCUUCAAAACCAAGGUUUGUUGAGAAAUUAUACAAUUAAUCUGUUAGUUAUAUAUAUUUAUUGUUAUUAAUGUUUGUUGUUUGA